GAGAGUGUGCAGUUGGUGUCUGGCCACAGUGGGAAGGGUAGUUGAAUGGGUUGGAAUUAAGAUGCCGGUAUUGCAACAGGUGGUUGUGCCGAUGCCCGAUUCAGAUCCCGCGCCCCUUUCUGGGCGCCCAGACCCCAACAACGUGGAGUUCCUGCAACACAUCAAUGCAGUGCUCGACAGCCCCUUGGACCUCGGCGAGUCUCUCCCACGAGGGUCCCCAGAUGACGGUGAGUCAAUGAUGUCUAUCUCGGAGCUACUAGGUCUGAACCUACCACGAGGACCAUUACUGGGUAACACAAGCCCCUUAGGAGGUAGCAGUCAUUAUGGAUCACCCACAACAAGCCCCAGUAACCCAUUUCUUCGCAGUUACCAGUAUGAGGAGCCAAGGCAUGAGAUGUCAAUGCCCUUGAGAGUGCUUCAUCGCAACAUGGACUCGCCUCUUCAACAGACGUCACCGCCACCUUGCUAUGGACGAACAUUUCGUGGAUCCCCACCCUACAGUGACUGCAGCAGCCCGACCCUGGAGCAGGCUCUGCUAUUGAAGUGCGCUGCAGGUGGAUCUCGCUCCAAUUCACCUGCUGACUCAGAAACAAGUGGUGUGAGCAGUAUUGAUGGCAAUAUCUCUGACCUCAUGAACUGCCUAAGUUUAACGCAAUCUACUAGUCCUCUCUCAAGUUUCCAGUUGGGGAGUCCUGAGCAGGAUACUGUGAAUAGGCACGCUCUCCAACAAGCCAUGAGGCCAUUGCAGCACUCCACACUACGCUACUUCCAGCAGCAGCAGCAGCAACAGCAGCAGUCCCUGCAGGCCACUCUCUCGUCACUGCUGCAGUAUCCAUUGCAGCCCAGUACGUCGACCCUCGGACUGGAGAAACCCUGGAUCUUCCCCACAAGUUCUCCUAACCAAGACAAACCGUGGUUACCACUGUCACCUACAGGUGGACUGCCUUCUCCCAUACCCAAUACAAAUUCUCUGGAGAGAGCUGCACAGUUCCACAGGAACGCAGCGUCUCUGUACGAAGCUACAUGUUCCUGGAGUGGUAAUCUGCCUCCUCGGACACAGAAGAACGUAUCUUACUCUUGCAAGAUAUUCCUAGGUGGUGUUCCAUGGGAUAUCACUGAGUCAAUGCUUGUGACGGCAUUCAGGAAGUUUGGGUUGAUUCGAGUGGAAUGGCCUGGGAAGGACCAAGCAGCUUCUCAGCCCAAAGGUUAUGUUUAUAUAAUCUUUGAAUCUGAGAAACAGGUGAAGGCACUUCUUCAGGCCUGUACGCAUGAUGUCACUAGUGGUGGCAACUGGUACUACAGAAUCUCUUCAAGGAAGAUGAAGUCUAAAGAGGUGCAAGUGAUCCCAUGGGUCCUUAGUGACAGUAACUAUAUAAAAUCAUCAUCACAGAAGUUGGAUGCAAAGAAGACUGUGUUUGUAGGUGCAUUACACGGAAUGUUGAAUGCAGAGGGGCUUGCCAAAAUCAUGAAUGAUUUGUUUGAUGGAGUUCUGUACGCAGGCAUCGACACAGACAAGCACAAAUACCCGAUUGGCUCUGGUCGUGUCACAUUCAACAACCCACGAAGCUACAUGCGUGCUGUGGCAGCUGCCUUUAUCGAGAUUAAGACUAGCAAGUUCACAAAAAAGGUUCAAGUGGACCCAUACCUAGAAGAUUCUCUGUGCUCAUCCUGCAACCUGCAGCAGGGGCCUUACUUCUGCCGUGAGAUGGUCUGUUUCCGCUACUUCUGUCGUAAAUGCUGGCAGUGGCAGCACGCGCUGGACUCUAUGCAGUCGCACAAACCUCUAAUGCGCAACUCAAAGUCAUCUGCAACUAUGCAAGGCUUCAGUUCUCUUUCUGCUGGUAGAAUAUGCAACAACUGAGGAAACAGUGCGGUGUGUUGCAAUGGAGUGCAGAAAUCAUUUUAUCAAAGAAUUUCUAUUAAUGCUUUAAUAUUCUAGUCUUUGAUAAAACCAUGGUCAGAAGAGAAGAAAUGGAUACAGGAAGUAUCCUUGCUUUCAUAACACAGAUUUUGUCUUUGUUAAAUAUUAAUUAGUAAGAUUCUUAGUUCAAUUUCUCAUAAGAUGAGAGAGAAAAUAAGACUUAAAAUAAUUUCCAUUCUCACAAGAUGUUUAAAAGUUCCUACUAUGGACAAAGCAAUUUGGUCCAUUUUUGUUUAUUUAUUAGGUAGGUACCUCUAUACCAUUUUCAGUGUUAGAUUGAAAUUAUUUGAGGAAAGAUGUUUUGAAACUUUCUCUGCUGUUCAGUAUUAUUUAACUGAUUACAAAAGUUCACUGCCUUCAUCACUCAGUAGUUAUUAAUGAAGGAGGUGUGGCUGUUGUAAGUAAAUUUUGAAUAAUUUUAAUGUUACCAAAUUUAAGAAGCAUUAUAAUGAAUCUCUUAUAUAUUCAGUUCCCAUCUUUUCUUUUGCAGUGUUUUACCUAAUUACAAGUCACUUCCUUCAUCACUCAGUAGUUAUUAAUGAAGGAGGCAUGGCUACUGUAAGAAAAUUUUGAAUAAUUUUAAUGUUGCCAAAUUUAAGAAGCAUUAUGGUGAAUCUGCUAUAUUUUCAGUUUACUUUAUUUUUUUCUGGGUGUUUAUAUUUAUUUUCAGUGUAAUCUUUUAUACUGACUUGUUCAGUGACCAGUGUGGUUUCUAAUAGAAGGUUUUAUUAAGAAUAUUUUGUUCAUUGGGUUGUACAAAAGAGAUGGGUUGAAUAUACAUACAUGUACACGGAUGACACAUAUGACAGUACGGACAUGAUGAAGGUCUCACGAUUCUUGGCAAUGCAUUUUGUGUGAUACAAAUGUUUAUGAAAAAUGUUUUAUUUAGUUAACGUGUGUGUGUGUGUGUGAGCGCACAUGUGCACAUGCAUAUGUGUGUACAUUUGUUUGUCCAACUUAAUUUUGUACCUUAAUUUAUUUUGAUACUGAUCAUAAAAUUAAAAUUAUACUUCUGUUGCACUAAUACCUCUGUUACACCCUUUUCUUUUAUACACACAGUAUGUGAACAUGUGUUCAGAUUGUCAAUAUUAACUACAGUACAGCUUCAAGUGUUCUAUUUAAAAAUAGAACAGUUUUCAUAAUAAUCAAGUCUCAAUUAAUUUAAAGAUAAAAGACAAUUUUGAAUAAGUUUAAACAAGGAAAAGCACUUGUAUUGAGUCAAAAUUAAUAGUUCAACUACCUGUGUUGGUGCUUUCCUGAUUACAAACCUCUGAACAUUCCUUUCACAGUUCCUGUGAUAUUAAAAUAGGUUUUGAAUCUUCAUGUACUCAUUUUGAUACCACUGCAAUAAGAUUUUUAGACCAGCUUACAGGAAAUUGAUUCCACAUUCACAUGUUUGGAAUCUUAAUCUGUUAAGUGGUCUGAUUUUUGUAUGCAAUUCACAAAUCUUCUAAUACAUCCAUCAAGAAGUUUUUCUUUUUUUCACCUGAACUUGCAGGGUAAUCCCAUAUGAUUUCCUCUGUUACUCAAAGGAGUCCAUCCUUGUGCACAGUUUUGCCCUUCAACUUAAGCAUUGGAAGCUUGAUACAAGUUUCCCUCACUGUUGUUAUUCAGGCCUUAAUAUACACUAAAAGAAUGUUCUUUAAAAAAUAGCUAAAGAUACAGCUUAUGUUAACCUUCAUUGUAUGGAUUUCAAUUGUUGGAUGGUUUAAUGGUAGCAUCAUGCUACUGUGACAGCCAAAUAGACCAUGUGUAAGCAAGCAAUGAUGCACAGCCAAUACAUGUAUUCAAUCA